GGGCGCCCAUGACGGCGGCGGCGACAGUUCUCAAGGAGGGCGUGCUGGAAAAGCGCAGCGGCGGGCUGCUGCAGCUGUGGAAGCGGAAGCGCUGCGUGCUCACCGAGCGCGGGCUGCAGCUCUUCGAGGCCAAGGGCACGGGCGGCCGGCCCAAGGAGCUCAGCUUCGCCCGCAUCAAGGCUGUGGAGUGCGUGGAGAGCACCGGGCGCCACAUCUACUUCACGCUGGUAACCGAGGGCGGCGGAGAGAUCGACUUCCGCUGCCCCCUGGAGGACCCCGGCUGGAACGCCCAGAUCACCCUCGGCCUGGUCAAGUUCAAGAACCAGCAGGCCAUCCAAACAGUGCGGGCCCGGCAGAGCCUAGGGACUGGGACCCUCGUGUCCUAA